GCGUGACGCAAUGACGCAGAGUGUGUGUCCUGUCAGCUGAUCACUGAGCCGCUGCGGAAUCAACGCGCGUCGCUGCUGCGAUAUUUUCAUUAAAACAGCGACUGAAUGAACAUGAAACAGUAAAAACACGUAAAGUAUCACAGAGAACAUGUCAGGAAACAGUCUGGUGUUACCCAUAGUUCUGUGGGGCCGUAAUGCUCCCACUCACUGUAUCUCCAGUCUGCUGGUGAUGGACGAUCUGAGCACCAUCAUCACCGGCUGCCAUGACGGACAGAUCUGCAUCUGGGACAUGACCUCAGAGCUGGAGAUUAAUCCACGCGCUCUGCUGUUCGGACACACGGCGUCCGUCACCUGCCUCUCCAAAGCCAGCGCCAGCAGCGAUAAACAAUACCUCGUCAGCGCCUCCGAGAGCGGGGAAAUGUGUUUAUGGGAUGUCAGCGACGGCCGUUGUAUCGAGUUCACAAAGUUGGCCUGUGCUCACACCGGCAUACAGUUUUAUCAGUUCACCAUCGGCACACAGAGAGAGGGCCGUCUCCUGUGCAACGGCCAUUACCCAGAAAUCCUAGUGGUGGAUGCCACCAGCCUGGAGGUUCUGUACUCGCUCGUGUCCAAGAUUUCACCCGACUGGAUCAGUUCAAUGAGCGUCAUUCACUCGCACCGCACGCAGGAGGAUACAGUGGUUGCCGUAUCUGUCACUGGGAUUCUGAAGGUGUGGAUCAUCACAGCAGAAGUCAGCCGGAUGCAGCAGGAUCUGGAUCCAGUGUUUGAGGAAGAGUCAAAGCCCAUCUACUGUCAGGGCUGUCAGAGUAUCUCAUUCUGCACAUUCACACAACUCUCACUGCUGGUGGUGUGCUCCAAAUACUGGAGAGUGUUUGACUCUGGUGAUUUCUCUCUGCUGUGUUCUGUCCCGAGUGAGAGCGUUCAGUCGUGGUCUGGAGGAGAGUUCAUCGCUGCAGAUAAAGUCAUCAUAUGGACUGAAGACGGCUGCAGCUACAUUUACAAACUACCACCCAGUUGUCUCCCGGCGAGUGAACAUUUCCGCAGUAGUGUUGGGAAAACCACAGAAGGCUCCAUUCCACCGCUGGUGUACAGUAUAGCGGACAGCACUGACAAACAGCUCCUGAUCUGUCCACCGGUCACCCGAUUCUUUUACGGACGGAGGGAACCCUUCCACAAGCUACUGAUUCAAGGAGAUUCCGCCGGGAGACUGACGUUGUGGAGCAUUCCUGAAACAUCUCCCUUACCGCCGCUCUCAUCCGCUGAAGAGCUGCAGGUGUCGGCCAGCAUCAGUCUCCAGGAGGCCUUUGAUAAGCUGACUCCGUCUCCGGCCGGCAUCAUUGACCAGUUGAGCGUUCUGCCCAGCUCCAAUGACCCCAUCAAGGUGACGGCCAGCGUGUACAUCCCCUCUCAGGGUCGGCUGGUGUGCGGCCGCGAGGACGGAAGCAUCAUACUGGUUCCUGCCACUCAGACGGCCAUCGUUCAGCUCCUGCAGGGAGAACACAUGCUGCGCAGAGGAUGGCCUCCUCAUCGGACCCUCAGAGGUCACAGACACAAGGUCACGUGUUUGCUGUACCCACAUCAGGUGUCUCCGCGCUACGAUCAGCGCUCGCUGGUGUCCGGAGGUGUGGACUUCUCUGUCAUCAUCUGGGACAUUUUCACAGGCGAGAUGAAGCACAUCUUCUGCGUUCACGGGGGAGAAAUCACACAGCUGAUCGUGCCUCCCGAAAACUGCAGCACGCGUGUGCAGCACUGCGUGUGUUCCGUGGCCAGCGAUCACUCCGUCGGUCUGCUCAGUCUGAGAGAGAGAAAGUGCAUCAUGUUGGCCUCCAGGCAUCUCUUCCCCAUCCAGGUGAUCAAAUGGAGGCCGUGUGAUGAUUACCUGGUGGUGGGAUGUUCCGAUGGAUCCGUGUACGUGUGGCAGAUGGACACAGGGGCUCUGGACCGUUGUGUGAUGGGUAUCACAGCGGUGGAGAUUCUGAACGCGUGCGAUGAGGCCGUACCCGCAGCGCUGGACUCUCUCAACCACCCCGCGGUGAAUCUGAAACAGGCCAUGACCCGCCGCAGUCUCGCUGCGCUCAAGAACAUGGCACAACACAAGCUGCAGACGCUCGCCACGAACCUGCUCGCUGCAGACAACGCUGACAAGGGUAACCUGCCCAAAUACUCUCAUAACUCACUGGUUGUUCAGUCCAUGAAGACGAACAUCACAGAUCCAGACAUGCACGUGCUGUUUUUCGACGUGGAAGCCGUUAUCAUUCAGCUGUUGACCGAAGAAGCCCAGCGGCCGAACCCCACGCUCGUAUCACCCGAGACGCUGCAGAAGAUGCCCGGUGGGGCCGAUAAGGGCGGAUCCUUCCUGGCCAACAAGAUUUUCAAGCAGGUGAAGGAGACCAUCAAAGAGAACAUCAAAGAGCACCUUCUGGAUGAGGACGAGGAUGAAGAAGAAGAGCAGCGUCGCCGCGAGGAGAAGUCCAAGUCUCUGAGUUUACUAGAGUAUAAUCUCACCAUGGACACGGCGAAACUCUUCAUGUCCUGCCUGCACGCCUGGGGUCUGAACGGAGAACUGGACGAGGUGUGUUUGAACCGCCUGGGCAUGCUCAAACCGCACACGCCCAUCUCCUUCGGCCUGAUCUCCCGCGGCGGUCACAUGUCCCUCAUGCUGCCCACCUUUAAAGAUUCUCUGCUGAGGCGACUGGUGCAGGGAUGUGCGGACGGACACAAACUCUCCGUCACCGAGGUCGUGGGUAAGGGCACGUACGGCGUGUCCAGGGCGGUGACCACGCAGCACCUGCUGUCCUUCAUCUCGCUGGCCAACACGCUGAUGGGCAUGACCAACGCCACCUUCAUCGGCGAACAUAUGAAGAAAGCACCCACCAGGCCCCCAAGACCAGGAACCCCAGAGACUCAGAGAAAGAGCAGCGAACAGACCUCCAGCCCGGCCAUGCAGAGCCAGAUCAAACAAGGUUGGAGUCAGUUGGCUGCCAUGCAUUGUGUGAUGUUACCUGAUCUUCUGGGUUUGGAGAAAUUCAGGCCUCCUCUGCUGGAGAUGUUGGCACGCAGAUGGCAGGAUCGCUGCCUAGAGGUUCGAGAGGCGGCCCAGGCUCUUCUGUUGGCAGAACUGCGUCGGAUUGGUCAGUCGGGCAGGAAGGACACCAUUGACUUGUGGGCGCCGUACCUGCCGCAGUACGUGGAUGCUGUUAGCCCUCCUGGAACCGCCACGGAAACAACCCAGCCGGUCCCGCCCCCUCCUGAAGCUCCGCCCACUGAACCCAAAGUUCCAGAGGAAGAGAUGGAUGUGACGGACGAUGACAUCGCAGCAGCGCUCGCACAGAAAUCUGAACACUAGAGCAGAGAACAAACGUGGUCACACACACUCACACACUAGUAUUGUGUAUUUUAGCAAGACCUGGAAUCUGAUUGGUCCGUAGAUUCAGAAUCUGGGAUCUGUUUGUAGUGUUGCGUUAGACGUUCAUGAGCGUGUGUGUGUGACUAAUUGCACCCUCUGUGUUUAAGAGGCUCCUGUGGCACACACACGUUUGGUCACAAAAGAGCCCCCCAUCCGACCGCACCCCACACUUCCAAAAGCAAAGACCCCCUCCAGGUCUCUUUAUGAGAGUGUGUGUGGGGGGGUCUGGUUUCAGCACGUGUCCCUCCAGCAGAGACCCUGACCCUGACCCACACACACACACAAUACUGCUUCAUUCACAUAUCACAGUUAAAUACACAAAGCUCAAGACGACACAAGUGUUCAAGUCUUCAUUUAGAUGUGACAUAUGGACGCUUUACCACCACAGAAAACUGAGUUGUGUGUGUGAUUUUUGUGCAGUUAUCACCAUGGUAACACACAAGUCCUAUAUUCUGUCGGUUUUAUUUAAUUAUAACAGUUGCCAAAUGUGUUUUCAUGACUGAUAUCAGAGACAAUAUGAUCGCAAAUGAAAUGCACAAGCAAUUCUUUUUUAUUUUUAUAUUUAACUCUGAAAUAUUACUCAAAAUUGUAUUGUUAUUAUUUAUUAUUAGUUGUUGGCAGAUUUUCAGACAUAAGAAAAAACACAUCAGUCAGUCAUCCCUUCUCUGGUCUUUUCAAGCACAAAUCAUCUUUGCGCAUUAAUCUACACUUUUUAGGCAAUAUUUCUCUGUAACAUGAAUAUUCUGUUACAUUCAAAAACAUAUUUGAGAAGAAAAAAGUCCAUUGUAUUGUCUAUGAUGCUUCAUAUGUCUC